AUGGAGAAGUCUUGCCCUUCUUUCCCGUUCUUUGCAGUUCCAAGCACUAAUAGUGUGAGAUCAUGCAUCGGGGAAGAGAGAAGUGCGCUUCUCAGUUUUAAGCAGGAUUUCAAGGAUCCCUCUGGAAGGCUUUCUUCUUGGGUGGGUCAUGAUUGCUGUCAAUGGGAAGGGAUUUCAUGCACCAACCGCACCGGUCAUGUGGCGAAGGUGGACCUCCGGAAUCCAUAUCCAUAUUUUAGAGGGGAUGAUGAGUGGGACGAGUUGCCUUAUAACCAGUCUUCCUUGGGAGAACAAAUGGCAGAUUUUAUCGCGGUUGAGCUAGAAAAAGGACGUAGCGGGAAUUUGCAAAUUUGUCGUCCGAGCUCUGAUUAG